AUGACUGGCCAAUGCGGGAACCUAAUCGGGUCAAAGAUGUCAGAGUAUCAACACUACCAAGAUGCGCCAGCUGAUAAAGAACGAGUUGUAGUUUAUACACCGAAAAAAUGGAAACAAACACGUUUAAAUUCAUCGGAUGCUGAAUUUGAAUAUAAUCUGGUAAAUGCUAGUUGGCGAUCUUCCCGUCGAUAAAGAGUGCGCAUUUUUUUCCCUUGAAUUUUUGUUUAUCUCGCUUUUUUCCCU